UUGGCAGCCAUAUUAUUAGCCGUAUUAUUUUUAUGUACAUAAUUUUAUUAUGUCACGUUUUGUGUAUGUACGUAGUAUUAGAAAUAGAAUAGGAAUGUUGUAUUUCUUUCCUUCUUUUGGCUCCACAACUGAGGCAAGCAGUUAACUCUUACCAUGCGUUACUACGCAUGCUUUACAUAUAUAUUUUGCAUGGAUCCGUAGAGAUCAUGCGAAUCAAUAUACAAAAAAUACCUCUCCAUCCUCUUCUGAUUUUACAUGGUAUCAGAGCAUUGAUCUGGGACCAAGAAAACAAACAGACGUGACAGCACGAUGGCCGGCGAGACAGGAAACAACGGUGGAGAAGGAAACCGAGACCAUGGUGAACGACGGCGAAUUAAUGAUCCCUCAUCACCAUACUAUUUGUCGAGUUCGGACUUUCCUGGGUUGCACAUUUGUGCAGUGGUUCUCAAGGGCGAGAGCAACUACCGUGAAUGGGCUACGGCGAUGAAAAAUGCGUUCCGUGCAAAACGGAAAUUGGGGUUUCUUGAUGGGACCAUAAAACGACCCGUGAACAACGAGAGGGAUCUCGAGGACUGGCUAACCGUCAAUUCUAUGGCGGUAGGAUGGAUUAUGACGUCGGCGGAUCCAGCGCUACGGACUAAUUUGGCCUAUAUGGACAGCGUGUAUGACCUGUGGAACGACAUGGAGGCGCGUUUCGCGGUUGGAGAUGCAAUGAGAACCCACGAGUUGAAGGAAUUGAUCCGGAAUUGCCGCCAACAAGGGCAGCCCAUCACUGCCUAUUUUGGCCAACUCAAGGGUUUAUGGGAUGAUUAUGAUGGGCUUCAGAGUAUUCCUCAAUGCACUUGCAACGGCUGUACGUGCGACCUCAAAAAAUUAUUUCUCAAACACAUUGAAACGGAGAAAAUACAUGAUUUCCUUAUGGGUCUCGAUCAUGAGACUUAUGGAAAUUUGCGGUCCAACAUACUUAGUGCGGAUGACCUUCCAUCAUUGACUAAAGUGUAUCAUAUGGUGAUACAAGAAGAACGACACCGAAGCUUGACUCGAGGGAGAGAAGAAAAAAUGGAGGCAGUGGCGUUUGCAGCUCGCGGCGGACCUUCUGCCGGGAAGGAUGAACGGGUUCAGUGCACUUAUUGUCACAAAAGCGGACAUGAAGUUGAAAAUUGCUUCCGCCGCACUGGAAUUUACCCGGAAUGGUGGCAUGAUAAUCCGGGCCGAGCACGCAGCGGUAGAGGGCGUGGAGGAUCAAGCCGCGGCAGCACUGGACGUGGAGGAUCCGGACGUGGAACUGGACGUGGACCAGUUCAUGCUAUGCAUGUGGGUGGUGAUUUCCAGAAUGAUGGGAACCUCUCCCAAGGAGCAAAGGAUGGUACGUUGCAUAAACCUGGAUUCAGUGAUGAACAAUGGCAAACUUUCCUCAGAAUGAUGGAAAAUUGUAAGGCUGCUCCAACGGAGGAAAAACUCUCAGGUAUGAAUAUUAAUAAUGAAUGGCUUCUCGACUCCGGAGCUUCAUAUCACAUGACCGGAUAUAACGACGUUCUGACGGAAGUAGUCAAAAUUGCACCGGUGGCAGUAACUUUGCCUAAUGGAGAAUUUACCAAAGCAACUCAUGUGGGGAGUAUUUCGAUCAGUGCAUGUCUAAAAUUGGUCAACGUUUUGUUUGUGCCUGGACUAAAAUGCAAUCUGAUUUCCUUAGGGAAGUUAAUUGAUAACCGAAAAUGUGACAUAUUUUUUACUAAUGAUUUAUGUGUAAUACAGGACCUACCUACGAAGAUGCCGAUUGGAGUGGGUGAACGACGAGGGGGAGUUUAUUUUUUCCGGGGUUUGGAUCAAGCACAGGCACAUGCAGUGGAAAGUUCAGACUCAGGCGAUUUGUGGCACUCGAGGUUGGGACAUCCGUCAAUAAAAGUUAUGCGUUUGCUAGGUUAUUCGAAUAAAACUUUGUUGGAUUCUGUUGGAAAUAAAAUAUGUGAUGCCUGUAUGAGAGGCAAACAAACUCGCGAUAAAUUUGUUGUUAGUAGAGCUAGAGCUGUUGAACCUUUUGAAUUAAUACAUUGUGAUGUUUGGGGUCCGUAUCGUGUUUUGUCUACAUGUGGUGCACGUUACUUUUUGACUGUGGUGGACGAUUUUUCUAGGACUGUGUGGGUCCACUUGAUGCGUGACAAGGGUGAAGUAAAAAAUAUUCUUAAAAACUUUAUUGCCAUGACUAAGCGUCAAUUUGACAAAAAUGUGAAAAUUGUGAGAAGUGACAAUGGCAAGGAGUUUAUUGGUCUGCAAGAAUAUUUUUUGCUUAAUGGGAUAAUUUUUCAAACGUCUUGUGUAUACACCCCACAACAAAAUGGCAGGGUAGAACGGAAACAUAGGCAUAUAUUGGAAAUGGCCCGGACUCUUCGCUUUCAUGCAAAUUUGCCCAUUCAGUUUUGGGGCGAGUGUGUGCUCACCGCAGGAUAUUUGAUUAAUAGACUACCUUCACCCGUGCUGGAUAAUAAAAGCCCCUACGAACUACUAUAUAACAAAAUACCGGUAUAUAGUCAACUUCGGGUUUUUGGUUGUCUAUGUUACACGCAUGAGCCAAAUACCGGAGGAGAUAAAUUUGCUCCACGUGGUGUGAAGUGUGUUUUCUUGGGUUAUGCUUACUCCCAAAAGGGCUGGAAGGUAUAUGAUUUGCAGCAAAGACGUAAUUUUGUUUCUCGUGAUAUUAAAUUUGUUGAGAAUGAAUUUCCCUUCCAACAUGGGGAACCCACUUUGACCAACCCAGAGGCUACAAAGGUGGAUUCUUUUGCAUGGGAGACCCAUGUACGUGUGGGAGAUGAUGAUGAUGUGCAGGAGGGCACAUGUGUAGCAUUGGAUACAUGCCAACCAGUGAACCCAGUAUCUUCCCAGUCAGAAGGGACAGCUAACCAUCAAUUGCACAACACCGUGGAAGUUGGAGAUGGAGACCACAUGGUGAUCAGUACGCCCUCCACGCAUACAAGCCCGACUAGAAGAAGUGUACGUACACGUAAGGAACCUACGUGGCAUCGGGAUUAUGAUGUACAAUUGAACACGGUUAAAAUAAACUCUCACCCCGACGUCCGUCCUACUUCUCCGGCCGAUUCAGGUAAUCCUUAUUCACUAUCUCAUUAUAUAAAAUAUAAUCAUUUUUCGGUUCCGCACCGAGCUUUUCUUGCAGCUAUUUCCAUGACCAAGGAACCCACUAGUUUUGGUGAAGCCGUUCGGGACCCACAAUGGCGGGAUGCCAUGAAUAGCGAAAUUCGGGCCCUCGAACGCACUGGCACGUGGCAGAUUCAAGAUUUACCACCGGGGAAGAAAGCAAUUUAUUGCAAGUGGGUCUACAAGAUCAAAUACAAAAGUGACGGGUCGGUGGAGCGAUAUAAAGCACGCCUAGUUGUAUGUGGGAACCGCCAGGUACAUGGAAUUGACUAUAGUGAGACUUUUGCACCUGUUGCUAAAAUGGUCACGGUGCGUACCAUUUUAGCAGUUGCGGCUUCUAGUCAUUGGGAGCUACAUCAAAUGGAUGUAGAUAAUGCUUUUCUUCAUGGGGAUCUUCGCGAGGAGGUAUACAUGCAUCUCCCACCAGGUUAUUCCACAUCAUCUUCUGGAAAGGUAUGUCGAUUGCUUAGAUCACUUUAUGGACUACGACAGGCACCAAGAUGUUGGUUUUCUCGAUUAACGACGUGCUUACGAAAUUAUGGGUUCACACAAUCACACGCCGACUACUCCUUGUUCACCAUACGCAAGGAUAAUAAAAUCCUUUGUGUGCUCAUAUAUGUGGUUGACUUAUUGAUCACUGGUAAUGACCGCUCUAUGAUUGAUCAGUUUAAAUUGUAUCUUGGCACCACAUUUCCUGUCAAGGAUUUAGGUGUCAUGAAAUAUUUUCUUGGGAUUGAGGUUGCACGAAAUAGCACGGGGAUAUUUAUGUGUCAACGUAAAUAUGUGCUUGAUAUUCUAGCUGAGACAGGUUUAUCUGAAUGUAAGCCGGUUACCUUUCCUAUGGUGCAAAAUCAUCGUCUGCAGUCCGAUACUGGUCCAUUUUUCUCCGAUCCGGAGCGAUAUCGGAGGCUAGUUGGGAAGCUUAUUUAUUUGACUUUGACCAGGCCUGACAUCUGCUACUCUGUUCAUAUUCUCUCACAAUUUAUGCAAAGUCCACGGUUGGCUCAUUGGGAGGGAGUACUUCGGGUGCUCAAAUAUCUUAAAGGAAGGCCUGGACAGGGAAUUUUGUUACGCUCGGAUUCCUCCCUUUCUCUCACUGGUUAUUGUGAUGCCGACUGGGCUAGUUGCCCGAUCACUCGUCGAUCCGUCACCGGCUACUUUGUCUCUUUAGGAUUUUCACCCGUUUCGUGGCGUACAAAAAAACAGGCCACUGUUUCCCGUUCAUCUGCAGAGGCUGAAUAUCGAUCCAUGGCAUCCUUGACUUGUGAGCUUAUUUGGCUACGGAAUUUACUCCGCUCAUUAGGGGUCACACACUCCGGACCCGCUCGCCUCUACUGUGACAAUCAAGCCGCGUUACAUAUUGCUUCCAAUCCAGUUUAUCACGAGCGUACCAAACAUAUUGAGCUUGAUUGUCAUUUCAUACGGGAUCAUAUUCAGUCUGGUACUGUCGCACCUUCCUACACGCCUACUAAUGAACAACCCGCAGACUUGCUCACUAAGGCUCUUGGCGCACAACAAUUCGACUACUUGCUUGGCAAGAUGGGCAUUUGCGACCCCCAUGCUCCAUCUUGAGGGGGGGUGUUGGCAGCCAUAUUAUUAGCCGUAUUAUUUUUAUGUACAUAAUUUUAUUAUGUCACGUUUUGUGUAUGUACGUAGUAUUAGAAAUAGAAUAGGAAUGUUGUAUUUCUUUCCUUCUUUUGGCUCCACAACUGAGGCAAGCAGUUAACUCUUACCAUGCGUUACUACGCAUGCUUUACAUAUAUAUUUUGCAUGGAUCCGUAGAGAUCAUGCGAAUCAAUAUACAAAAAAUACCUCUCCAUCCUCUUCUGAUUUU